GUGCCCUUUCAUUCUGCCGCUCUCGGCGCGCCAUCAUUGUGGUGUUUUUAUCUUUUCGUUAUCUGUUCGUUUGCUGUUGUUUUUUCAUAAUAAUCAUGUCUUCAGAAAAGAAAAAAAGAAGAAUUGUAGAGUCAAGCAAUGGAAGUACUCGAUCUGUUGUCAUUUCUGGUUCUUCGAAGGAAUCCAAGAAGAUUAAACGAUCAAGUGACCAUAGUCAAAACCAACAACAGGUACAUAGUGAAGAAAUGGAGGUAGAACUGCGUGAUUCUCAGAAAGAUUUGGAAUUUUUCAAGUCCACUUGCCAAGAUCUACGCAACAUUAUGAAGGACGUAUAUGAAAUGAAGACUGGAAGUGCUGCAGAUGUAACUGAAAAGAUAACAGCUAAACGGAUGGAGGCUGUCUUACAUUUUAUUGCCUUGAAGAAGCUAAAUCGGUUAGCACACAUCCGUAACAAGAAGGCAAGAGAUUCUACCGAGGAAGCCAAAGAGAAAGUUGAUAGCUUUCACCUUCAACUUCAGAACCUCCUCUACGAGGUCAUGCACCUCCAGAAGGAGGUCACUAAAUGUUUGGAAUUCAAAUCUACAGAUGAAGACAUUGAUCUAGUGAACUUGAAUGAUUUUUAUCAGGAAGCUCCAGAAGAUAUCUCCAAGCCAUGUAUUACCAAAGCGGAUUCCCAUCAACAAAGACUAGCACGAUUAGACUGGGAAUUAGAGCAGAGAAAGAGUUUGUCUGAGAAAUACAAGGAAUUCCAGGAGAAAAAGAAUGUGAUUGUGAAAGAAAUUGAGCAGAAAAAAGAGUACCUUGACAGUCUACAGCCAAUGCUUAAUACAAUCUUACAGUCUACAGUACCUGUACAAGAAUACCUGGCCAUGCCUCUGGAAUGCAUUCGUUCUCAACAUCGGAUAGCCAAACUCUUACCAAGGCCUUUGUAUAUUCUCUAUGUUCAGGCUAAUGCUUAUCAUGAAGCAUGCGAUGAAUCAAUAUCUUUGAAGAUUGUGGGCGAUACAGAAGGAGCACUUUCACAAGAAACCACUACUCCCGAAUUAGACUACGAUAGUGACUCGGACAAUGAGGAGGCAGCCUCCAAAUCGAAGAGGAGGAGAAAAACAGCUGGCAACAAGAUGGAAGAAAGGAGACAAAAAACACUGAAGAAGCAUCCACUUGCUGUUGUCAUGACAAUCAAAUGUAAAGAUGAUGUUAUAUUGACCCUUACCUUCAGUUACUUAUCCAUUUUACAAAUUGCAACUGUACUGAUCGACCUCAAGUGUAAUAUUACACCUGCUAAUUCAAGGCUAAAGUCGUUGAGUUCAUACAUCAGUGUGAUCGGACAUCCGUAUAGGUGGGUGCAACAUCUAUGUGGUCUUGACUUCUUGGAAGAAGAAGGGGUUCGGCGAGAGAUGAAGCCAGCCUCAUCUGUUUGUGUUAGCUACAUUGAAUCCACAAUCACGGCCCUCAAGAGAAGGAUUACAGCUAGGCUGGCCUUGAACAAACAGCUUACAGCAUUAGAGCGGCGUAACAUCACGGUACCCAGCGAUUGCCAGUCUCUCUUUCCAACCAAGAUUUCGUCAAAGCUAGUCUCCUGGAAGCCGCUUACUACCGAAGAUUUUCGCACUCUACCAUUCACUCAGGAUUUUAAGGAGUUCCAGACCGAAUCCAACGUGUUCUUCAUGGCUACGAUAGAACGUGGCUCAGCUAGGCUGCAGGCAGCUGUCAUCCUAGACCAAGACUAUCCGAUAAAGACACCCUACUUUAUAUUGAAGCUGUCUUGGAAGGGGGAGCAGAGUGCAGGGAACAACAAUGCAAUCAAGGACAUGGAAAGUGAAGUCAAUGUUUUCUACAAAGAACUUGGUAUAGAGAAGUCACACAACUUCAUUCUAUCCAAUCAGCUGCAGCGUCUUUUGAUGUGCCUGGAUGUAUACUUGGAGACUGAAUCAGCAGUCAAAGGAAAGGAAGGACCAGUAGAAUUUGCCAAGGAGAAAAUGUUUCCAAGACUAUCAAGGGGACGUGACCGCAGAAAGCCAUACAAAUAUAUGAAUAAGUUUGGUUACUUUUGCUUCAGAGUGGAAACCAGUUAAUGCAGGAGUGAUAGUAAAGUGAUGGACGACAGCUUAGCGAUGAAUGAAUAUCAACGUUUUUAUGCAGUAGUUUUCAUGUUUAUUGCGAGACACAUCAAGAUGGCAGUGUUUAACAAACGAUGUCACUAUUCAAGUUGAUGCGUCAAUGCCAAAUGCCAGCACCAAUUUCUUGGUGCCGCAACUUACUCAGUGGCGGAACGGGGUCCCUUGAAGAAUUUUAGCCAUUUUAAUAGCUAAUCUAAAUUAUUUUUUGGCUGCUGCCUGGAGGGGGCUCCCCUUUGCCAGCUUUGGAUGAAAUUCUUUCCAAGGGAGCUGAGCAUGUGUUCCAAUAUUCAGUACAUAGGGGCCUUGUUGCGGCAAUGUUCUAUAUUAGAUAAGGGGACAUUAUUACUUGUAAUAAACUCAAAUUUUCAAAUUUUCUUUUGUUUU